AUGUCGGACGACAGAGAGAAAAAGAUGGAGGGUCUGAAGGCUAGGUCACGAAGUCCUCUUCGUCGCAGAAUGGCACCCAGUGACAGGAAGAAUGCAAACUCUGAUAAACUGGUGUACAUCAGCAACAUUCCGUAUGACAUCACUUGGAUGGAACUGAAGGACAUGGUACGAGAGAAGGCGGGCGACGUUGCUUUCGUGGAAAUGAUCGAAACGGCCGGUGGAAAAUCAAAGGGAUCCGCAGUUGUUGAGUUCAAAGACUCUGAGAGCGUAAAAAAGUGCGUAGAGCAGAUGCAUCGCAUGCAGGUGAAAGAUCGCUUUAUCGUUGUUAAAGAAAUCAGGGACCCGGAAAGGUUCUUUAAAAAAGUGAAUGACGAAACUGGUAUCGAUUUGCUUUCCAACAAAAGCGGUCCAAAAAGUUUGCUCGACAUAGACGUCACUCCAAUUGGUAUUGAUACAGGACCAAGGUCAUUUCCGACCUAUGGGCUCAGCGUCCAGUUCCUAAGGCAACUUGGAAUCGAAGGUCCCCUGGGCAACCGCAUAUUCGUCGCAAAUUUACCAUUUAACGUUGGCCCAUCGAAACUGAAGGAAGUGUUCAGUUUGUCUGGCCAAGUGGUGGACGUCGAUCUGCAGUUCGACAAUGACGGGAGAAACAAAGGCUUGGCUGUCAUUGAAUAUUCUCAUCCCAUUGAGGCGGUGCAGGCCGUUUCGAUGUUUCACAAUCAGAAAUAUUACGAUCGAAUUCUUACCGUAAAAAUGGAUCGUUUUGAGAAAGAUGAAGAACCCCUUAGGCCAGGUGAACUGCCUCCUGGUCUUAGAAGUAUUGGAAUGGGUCUAGGCAGAAAUGGGGCCCCUUUGAGCAAGAUCGCGCAGCUGUUAGGCUCUGGCACCGGAGCUUCUGGCGGCAGCCCUUUUCAUGGAGAUUCUCUUCCUGGAAGUAAUGUAAGGAAUGACCAGCCAGUUGGUGGUUUAAGUUAUAUGGGUGGUGGAGGAAGCAAUAUGCCAACGAAUUAUCCUUUACCUCAGCCAAAUUUGAUGAGCAGUUAUCCUCAAGGUCAGCUUAGUGGAUACUCCGCAAACAUGAAUAAUCCUAUUCCGCAGUAUGGCAAUGAUCCUUCCCGUGCUAUGGAGGCAUCGCUCUCUGGAACUCCGAUUUCAGGUCCUUAUCCUGGAGGUGUUGGCUACAGUUCUGGUAUGAACAUGAGUAUGAAUGGAAACUACCAGAGCAUACCGUCAUUGAUGAAUAAUGUCACAGAUUUUGAUCGUCGACAAUAUGAUCAGAAUAUUUCGCCCAUGAAAUAUGGCACCCGCAGUGCCCGGUAUAUCGUCAUUCGCAAUCUGCCCACUAGUUACACAUGGCAAACCUUACGCGAUCGUUUAAGAGGCUUUGGAGACAUAGAAUUUGCGGACAUCGUUCAGCCAGGUGUAGGUAAAGUCCGUUUCAAGACCGCCAUGGACGCUGAAAAGGCAGCUAUGGCGAUGAACGGGAUUCUUGUCGAGGGUCGACCGAUAGCAGUGGAUUUGGCCAUCACUGAUUAG